UCUAGGGCUAUGCGUUGGAUUAAGUCUACGUUUUUUGUCAUUGUAUUUCUGUCAUUCUGUUUUUCCUUAUUCAUUUUGCUGACCCCAAAUAUAUCCAGUUCCUACAAACAGAAUUCUUGGGAACGGCUUCCCGACAAAUGGCUCUUGGUUGACACAGUCGGUUCACCGCUUGACGAGUCUGCUAGAACCAGCGCAUUGGAAGGAUCAAGUCCGCGAAAAUAUACGGGAAAACAACUGAAGGAGCUGCGUGCGUACAGGAAAGAUGAUAUUAAAGCAGUCUUCAGAAGACAACCAUAUAUAGUUAAUAAUUUGGACCACAAACUACUUAUUUCCCCGAGGAACAAAUGUCAAGGAAACGUGACACUUUUAAUGGUGGCUCUGUCUCAGUAUAAAAACAUACAUCUUAGGAGUGUCAUUCGCAAAACUUGGGGAGCACCCAAGAAAUCAGACGUAAGACUUUGUUUCAUAUUUGGUCGUCAAAAUACCACAGCUUGGGAUGAAGACCUGAUAUUGGAGAGUCAGGAACACCAUGACAUAAUACAAUAUGACUUUCUAGACACAUACGAAAAUCUGGUUUUGAAAUCUCUGUCAAUCUUACGGUGGGCUAAUGACCAUUGUGAACGCGAUCUGUUUAUUUUGAAGGUAGACGACGACAUCUUAAUGAUGACCUCACGCCUUUAUGCCAGGUUAAGUCAGUUGAAACCAGAAGGGGUUCUUUUAGGGUAUUACAACCCACACUCGGUCGUCAUAAGGGGAGGGAGAUGGGGAGUUUCUAGGACAGAUUUCCCCUUUUCGACCUUUCCUCCGUACUUAAUGGGCGGCGCAUAUGUCAUGUCCUCCGACGUAUCUAGAACUUUGUUGGCCUCUGCAAAACAUGUAUCCUUGAUCCCCAUUGAAGACGUAUUCAUCACAGGAAUCCUCGCAAAUAUCAAUUAUAUCCGCCAUAUAAGCGAAUUUUAUUUCGUCUUCUCAAGAAAGUUUUCUGUUAAGCUCAAUGAAAACGCAUGCAAACGAGUGCCAAUGAAAACGAUAGCGUUACAUUUGGAUGCGCCAAACGAACGUCUAUUAUCUGACCUGAUGCUACUUACGUACAAGCAACUGUCAAACUGCAGCACAACGAAUAGUGGAGUUGUUCAAUCCAGAAUUAUACCAAAACCUCUAUAAAGUUAAUAAGUGCUGAAUUAGUUUAUGGACUAUAUGCUAUUUACGUUUGCAACCUGUUUUGUGUUUCUACAGUCAGUACUUUGUACCACGUCCUAUUGAUCAGCUACGAUGAUUACUUGCAAUAAAAUGGAGGACUUAUAUCGUCAGCAAAUGCCAAAGAUAAAAAUACUUCUAAGUUAGCGCUCUAUGUAAGCGCAUAUAAUAAGAGCAGUUGACUGUUUUCAAAGCAAUAUUCAUAAGAUUGUCACUCUUUUAUGAUAAUUAUCACACAUCCUUUUCUGAAAAGUCGGGGUAACUCCCUGUUAUAACAUCGGUCACUGUUUUUAUCUCUUUUAGACAAAUUGAGAAAUUAAGAGAGAGAAUAUAUAUAGGCCUAUAUAUAUUCUCUCUCUUAAUUUUCCA